AUGAAAAUACCCCUUCCCAUCGCUAUCGCUAUCAGCGUCGUCGUCCCCGCUAGAGGGCUCCCUCAAGCGCAAGAGGUCUAUGAGCCCACCUGGGAAUCGACAGACAAGCACACUGCCGCGCCUGGAUGGUUCCGCGACGCCAAAUUCGGCGUAUAUUGGCACUGGGGUGCCUUCAGCACUCCUCAGUUCGGCAGCGAGUGGUACGGCCGCAACAUGUACCUGCCAGACACGAAGGAACGGGUCGAGCAUACGCGGCGGUAUGGUCCGCCGGAGGAAUGGGGCUACGAGAACUUCAUUGUCGGCGCGCCGGACCUGCAGGGGAACCACGUUCAGUUCAAGCCUGUGCUCGCCUCGGAGGGUGGGAGCUUCGACCCGGCGGCCUGGAUGCGCGUCGUCAAAGCGUCCGGCGCGCAGUUCGCGGGUCCUGUCGCUGAGCACCACGACGGGUUCUCGAUGUGGGAAAGCGAAGUCAACGAGUGGAAUUCGGUUGACCGUGGCCCGGAGCUAGACCUGCUCAAGAUAUUUGCCGGUCUAGUCCGGGAGAACGGGAUGAAGCUGCUUGUCGCCAUGCACCAUGCCUUCAACACGAACGGCUUCUUCAGUGCCGCGCCGCGGCAGACCGACCCCAGCCUGCAGAAGCUCUUCGGCCAGCUGCCCAAGAACGUGUCGGACCAGCUGUGGUUCGACAAGCAGCGGGAAGUCAUCGACCACGUGCAGCCGGAUAUCAUCUGGAACGACUUCUCGCUCAACAGCCCCGGCUGGUGCCAGGGCGCGAGCGAUUACUGCUCCAUCGCUGAGAACCAGCGGCUCAAGUAUCUAGCUUACUACUUCAACCGCGGCGUUGAGUGGAACAAGGAGGUCCUCACGACGCACAAGCACUUCGACCCAGGUUUCCAUGACACAUCGGCAGUCUCCGACUUCGAGCGCGGCGGGCCUGCCGAGAUCACUCGCCCGUACUGGCUCACGGACGACGCCAUCAGCGCGUCUAGCUGGAGCUAUACGGAGGGCAUCGCGUAUUACAACUCAACGCAAAUGAUUCACUCGCUCAUUGACCGCGUAAGUAAAAACGGGAACAUGCUGCUCAAUAUCUCGCCUACGGCCGCCGGCGUCCUGCCCGUCGAGCAGGAGCGCGUCCUGCGUGACAUCGGGACCUACCUCGGCCGAUACGGCGAGUCCGUCUACGGCACCCGCGCCUGGGAUAUCUACGGCGAGGGGCCCAACAAGGCCGGAGGGGGCUCCUUCACCGCGCCAUUGCUGGGCAAUAGCAGCGAUGUGCGCUUCACCCGCAACAAGGACGGCAAUGUCCUCUACGUUACUGUACUCGGCUGGCCGUCUGGUCGGAACGUUUCUGUGAAUAGUCUCGGCGGAAGCAGCUUAGUGAGCCUGUCGGGCCUCGUGUCGAUCCAGCUGCUAGGGGAUCAGGCCGGCGAGUUUAUUGAUGUUGCUGGUUGGACGCAGACUACUGAUGCUCUUGUCAUCUCUCUCCCACAACAGCCGGCAGCGUCACCAGCCUAUGUCCUCAAAAUGAGCUUCAAGCAGUACAUUCCUGUCCCUCAGCUUCCGUUUGGCGCCUCCAUUUUUCCCGCUGAACACCCAACGGGUAAGGGUGUUGCGCUCGCGGAGGGCCAGUUCUCGUCCGUCUUCCUGACUGAGGCUGGGCUUAAUCCAGCGGAUAUUCGCUUCCUGAGGGUGUCACCCAGCACAGUUGUGACCGGGUAUAUCGGCACCAAUCUCACUGGAACGUCGACGAGUUAUGAUGCUGGAGAACACAGGAUUGUUCCAGGGUCCCUAGGCUCGCUUGCAGUCGCCCGUCAGUAA